GAUGAUAUGGCAGCUUUGUGAUCGUCCAGGUGGAACUUGCUUUUGUUAAUACGGUUAAGCCGUGGAACAUGAUACAAUUUUAACACGAAGACGGUAAGAUAGCGAGCCGUUUUAAAAUGAUUUACUUGAUAUUUAUUUCUGCUUUUUCUGGGGCAGUCAUCACUCUGCUAUUACAGCUCUUGCUGUUGUAUCGGAGAAGCCCCGAGCCUAUUGCUAGGACAGUGCAAUAUGUCAAAGCAGUGCCUGAACCCGCAUUGAAGGAUUACUUUAAUAACCAACAUGCCGAAUCAGGACAGCAGCAGCCAGACAACACGGCAUCUGCAGCAUCCAAACAGCAAGAGGCCAUCUGUCCGAGGCAACAGGAAGCGGCUGUCCCCGGCAGUAGCCCCAAACAACAGCCGCCGCCUUCUCAAAACGAGUCCCUCCACACAUCUCAACCGGAGACGUGUAAUUUUCUAAACGCUAUAUUUUUGUUCCUUUUUCGUGAACUCCGGGACACUCCGGUGGUCAGACACUGGGUGACCAAAAAGAUCAAGGUGGAGUUCGAGGAGCUGCUACAAACCAAGACAGCUGGGCGGCUACUGGAGGGACUUAGUCUCCGGGAUAUUUCUCUGGGUAAUUCAUUGCCUGUGUUCAAAACCGCAAAACUUAUGAAGCCAGUGGCGUGCAACGAGGAUGGCAUGCCCGAAGAGCUAAAUUUUGAGGUAGACUUAGAGUAUAACGGCGGGUUUCACCUGGCGAUUGAUGUUGACCUGGUCUUCGGGAAAUCCGCCUACCUAUUUGUGAAGAUGACCCGAGUCAAAGGAAGGCUGAAACUGCAGUUUACCCGUAUGCCUUUCACGCACUGGUCAUUUUCCUUCCUGGAAGACCCAUUGAUAGACUUCGAAGUGAAGUCGCAGUUCGAGGGUAGACCUUUACCCCAACUCACCUCCAUCAUUGUAAACCAAUUGAAGCGGGUCAUUAAGAAGAAACACACUUUGCCAAAUUACAAAAUCAGAUACAAACCAUUUUUCCCAUUUCAAGUGCAGCCACCGUUGGCGACGACCUGUGACCUGGACCUCUCCAUUCAGGACACACGAUUGGUGGAGGGCCGGCUGAAGGUCACCCUGGUAGAAUGUAGCAGGUUGUUCAUCUUAGGCUCAUAUGACAGAGAGACCUACGUUCACUGCACCCUGGAGUUGAGCAGCCAUGAAUGGAAGGAGAAAACCAGGAGUUCCAUAAAGAUGACUGAGGUGAUCAAAGGCUCUGCCCAGAGCUUUGGAAUGACCUUCCGGCAUGUCCCGGCCAGUGAGGGCGACGCCGUGCACGUCAGCAUUGAGACGGUCACUCCCAACUCACCCGCCGCCCUGGCCGACCUGCAGAAGGGGGACCGCCUCAUCGCCAUCGGAGGUGUUAAGGUGACGUCUUCUGCCCAAGUACCGAAGCUCUUGAAGCAGGCUGGGGACAAGGUGCAGGUGUAUUAUGAAAGGCCUGUGCGUUACCAGAUCCCAUCAGCAGGACCCCUCCAAGAAGGGUUCGGUCAGCUGGAGGAGCCAAGCUUCCUGUCCCAGCCGGUGUACGAGGAGGAUCCAGUCCCCAUCACCACCCUGGAUGCUACCGACAGCAAAGAUGUGGACUCUGAGUUUGAGGAGCUCAUCAUGGACCCCAGACCGGUCAGCAGUGAGAUCAAGGAGGAUUUCCUGCUGAAUAUUAACCAAAGCCCCAAAAGAACCGUGGCUAAUCUCGCUUCGAAACCUCUGGGCAGCAUUUCGCCCAUCUUGAACCGCAAACUGAAUCUGGCCGGCCUUCAGUCGCCACUGAAGCCACAGCCAAAAGAGACACCCAAGCCCCUGCCCCCUAAAAGCAGCGAGCAGGCCGAGGGGCCUCAACGACCCACCAUUCCUCCUCCGCCCCCACCAAACCGACCCCCCGUGCCCCCCAGGCCACAAAUUAAGCUGACUUCAGCAUCUGCAGAAACCCAAAGUCUGCUGGAAGGGGGGGAGGUGCACCCUGAAAAAUCAGAGAAACCUCCACCGUCCACAAGCAAUGGGGACAAGCCUGCUGAGAAGCCGGCCGCAAAACCGCCAGAGCCUAAACCAGCCAUCAAACCGCCAGAGCUGAACGAGGAGUCGCCACCAGCUCAGACCAACCCCAUCAAGCAAGAUUUGGCCAAAGACAAGGUGUCUGAGAACUCCUGCAGCACAAAGGACAGUGUGGAAGACCACCCCAUGUGGGAGUCCUCAGAGACCAUAUUCCGCAACCAGACAGCCAAGUGGGGCAAGGCCUCGGUGGUCUUUGAGGUUGAGAGCAACCACAAAUACCUUAACGUAGCACUUUGGUGUAAGGACCCUUUCAAACUGGGCAGUCUCUUGUGCCUGGGGCAUGUGAGCCUGAAACUUGAAAGCAUCGCCCUGGAGUGCCUGUCCACAUCGUCCAUGGAGUUCCAGACCACCUUCAGGCUGUGCGCCCCAGAGCCCCGGGCGAGCGUGAGCCGCACAGCCCUGCGCAGUCUCAGCAUGCACAAGGGCUUCAACGAGAAGCUGUGCUACGGCGACGUCACGCUCAACUUCACCUACCUGAGCGAGGGCGAGUCGGAGCACUCGAGCGGGCUGGUGGAGCGUGAGCGGGAGGGCAGUCUGCAGGAGGACGACCAGCAGCCCUUGCUAACGCGCGAGGAGCUCGGCUACACCCCCAUGCAAAUCGUAGAGGUCAAGCACAACUUCCAGGACACCCAGUUCCAGAACCCCACCUGGUGCGAGUACUGCAAGAAGAAGGUGUGGACCAAGGCGGCCUCCCAGUGCAUGAUCUGUGCCUACGUGUGCCACAAGAAGUGCCAGGAGAAGUGUCUCAACGAGAACCCCUUCUGCAUGGGGGCGGACCGGCGCGGGGGCGACCCCGAGGCGAAGUCCACCAUUAACCGGGCCACCACGGGGCUGACCCGCCACAUCAUCAACACCAGCUCCCGGCUGCUCAACCUGCGGCAGGUCCCCAAGGCGAGGCUGACCGAGCAGGUGCCCGACGCCACCGUGGAGCCCUCCCCAAAGCACACUCCCAACACCUCGGACAACGAGAGCAGCGACACGGAGACCUACGUCGGGGCCAGCCCGUCCAAGCGGCCCGCCGGGGGUGCGGCCAAGCUUGCCCGCAAGGAGGGCGGCCUGGACGACAGCGUCUUCAUCGCCGUCAAGGAGAUCGGCCGGGACCUCUACCGUGGGCUGCCCACUGACGAGCGCUCCCAGAAGCUCGAGUUCAUGCUGGACAAGCUCCAGCAGGAGAUCGACCAGGAGCUGGAGCACAACAACGCCCUGCUGCACGAGGAGCGGGAGACCGGCGACGCCCGCAAGAAGGCCCUCAUUACCACCGCCCUGACUAAGUCCGGGGAGAGGCUGCAGGCACUCACCUUGCUCAUGAUCCACUACCGGGCGGGCAUCGAGGACCUGGAGUCCAUCGAGAGCACCUCCCCAUCUGAGCAGCAGGGCUUCAAGGCAAAGGGCUGCCCCGAGGAUGCCCUCAUGGGGGCAGAGGUCUUCGACAAUGACAUCUGCAGUCCCAUUGAGGUGCAGCUGCUGGAUGAUAUCACAGAGGAGCAGAUCUGCGUGGAGGCACUCCCCUAGAUCACCGAGGGGCACGAGGCUUGUAACCAACAGCAAAUUAUUUUAACCCUGCCCCCUACCUGUGGGUGUACAUUCAUGGUUAAACUAUCUGCAUUGACUGAAUUACAGCCAUUCAUUCUGAUACACUUGUACAUUUUUUUUUCCUUUUUCCCCCCCAAUAAAAUGAAGAGAACGGCUUAUCGGCAAUCAACUAACAAGACAGUUCAGUGUAAAAUCCUUUUUAAAAAUGAGAAUUCUGUGUGGCCUGGAGGACUUGGUGCUCAACGGUCACUUGACCAGAAAAUGAGCUGUAGUUAAAAUGCCUUUUUUCAGUUCUGACAUUAUCCCUUUCAUUCACUUUCCGUCAUCAGUCAUGGCUCCUGUUUAUGCAGUGGCUGCAGACCUUAUCAGCGCAUACAGAAAGCUAACUCUCCAUAUCAUAUCUCUUGAAAAUGUGUUUUCAAGUGGUGAUAUUCGGUCUGUCGCAGCACUUUAAUUAGGAAGUUUAUGUAUUUUUAUUCAAACUAAGUUCACGUAUGGUUUUACAUGUGUUAUACACCUCAGUCUUCUCUGUGUCAUAUUUUCACCUGUUACGGAAGUCAAGCUUAUCACAAUUUUAACUCCUGUGACGUACUCCUGGUGAUCUAUACUCCUGAUCUUUACAGAAAGGUACCCAUGUGAAAAAGAAAAAUAUCAAUAAAUAUGUUUUGUCGUUGUGACAAGCCUCUUGCUCUUGAGCACUGUAUACCAUAAACCUACUGAAAAAAACAAGAAAAAUUGUCUCAUACUGUGUGUCUAACUUCUUUUUGGCGGUGUAUUUUUAAACCAUGCUGUCACUUGUAUUUACUGUCUGUGGGCACUUUUUUAUUGUAAUGCUUUGUUUGCAUAUUGUCUGGUUUUUAGAAAUCACUGUUUUUUCCUCAUUGUCGUUCUUGUUGUUUCGUUUUUUGUUUUUUUGGUGUUGUUUUAGAUGCGUUUCUGUGUUUGACUGCAAACUGCAAGGCAACCGCAUGUUGAAAUUAUAUGGGCAAAAUCACUGUUAGGGGACCAGGGUUGGAGAGACUAACUUUUUUAAUUAUUGUUUGUGUGGAUUAUUUAUCAUUCAGACUGAAACAACAUAUUUGACUGACUAGCUAUUAUUUACUGUAGUCUGUGUACUUAAAUGUAUCUGGUGAUGCUCUUGCUUAAGCGAUGCUCUGUUAAAAGCCUGUUUUGGGGGGGUAGAUAGUAGAACAAAUAAUUAGGUAAUAUUCUAAUUUAAAGCCCUGGUUAUUAAACAAUAUGCAGUUUUCACUCCAUCCCAGCCAAUGGUGGUGCGUGUGUGUGUGCGUGUGUGUUUGUGUAUGGCAUCCACAGAAUUCAAGUUCAGGCAAAAUUAUGGCAGAACUAUUCAAUCACGCUACCAAGGGCAAGACGCUUCAACAUGCUGUUCAGACUCCCAGUUAAAGAUACAGUCAGGCAGUGUAUGUAAGGCAUGGUUUCUUCCAGUGCAGUAUAUUAAACAGGGGACAGGAAGGCUGGAGAAUAGUAAUAUGUUUUGUAGAGUACAGUAUGCAUCAAUUUUUCUGUGAGGGUGGGAAUUUUGGGGGGGGGCGGGGGGCAU